AUGGGUGAAAUGGAGGAAUUGAGAAAGGAGGCAGACAGUCUCAAAGACCAGAUCACUGCAGCUCGUAAGGCGGUGCAGGACAGCACACUGCAAGAAGCAGCAGCCGGGAUCACCGUGGUGGGACGCGUCCAGUUGAAGACCAGGAAAACACUCAGGGGUCACCUCGCCAAAAUCUACGCUAUGCACUGGGGCACUGACUCCACGUUGUGUGUCAGUGCUUCACAAGAUGGAAAACUCAUAGUGUGGGACAGCAUAACAACCAACAAGGUGAAUGCCAUCCCUCUCAAGUCAUCAUGGGUGAUGACUUGUUCCUAUGCACCUUCGGGUAACCUCGUGGCUUGUGGUGGUCUGGACAACAUGUGCUCCAUCUACAACCUCAAGGGCAAAGAUGGGAAUGUCAAGGUUAUGCGUGAGUUGGCGGCACACACAGGUUACCUGUCCUGCUGUCGUUUCCUCAGCGACACUGAGAUCAUCACCAGCUCUGGAGACUGCACUUGCGUGCUAUGGGACAUUGAGACAGGGACCCAAAAGACCGUCUUUGCAGGACACCAGGGAGACUGCAUGUCCCUGGCCGUGUCCCCAGACUUCAAGUUUUUCAUCUCAGGGGCCUGUGACUACACAGCCAAGCUGUGGGACAUCAGGGAGGAACAAUGCAGACAGACCUUUGGGGGCCAUGAGAGUGACAUCAACGCAAUUGGGUUCUUCCCCAAUGGUAACGCAGUGAUAACGGGGUCGGAUGACGCCACCUGUAAACUGUACGACCUGCGGGCUGACCAGGAGCUCAUCACCUACCAGGACUCCAGCAUCAUGUGCGGGGUGACCUCCCUGGCCCCCUCCGUGUCUGGACGCCUGCUAUUGGCUGGCUAUGACGACUUCAAUGUCAACAUCUGGGACACACUGAAAUCUGAGAGAGUGGGAGUGCUGGCUGGUCAUGACAACAGAGUGAGCUGUAUCGGAGUGUCCUCGGAUGGGAUGGCGUGUUGCACAGGAUCCUGGGACAGCUUCCUCAAGAUAUGGAACUGA